AUAUCAACUGUUUCUUCAUCUAUAAAUAGCUGCAACACACCCCAUCUUUCUCCAUCAAACCAUCUUCCCGUCUUCCAUCUCCCGAACCACCAUGGCUAAGUUCUUCGCCGUCUUCCUCUUGGCUCUCAUCGCCAUUUCAAUGCUUCAAGCCACUGUUUAUGCUAGUGGAGGACAUCGCGGAGGAUUUGGACCUGGAAGUCUAACUAGCUCUCAGUGCCCGGGACAAUGCACAAGGAGAUGUAGCCAAACUCAAUACCACAAGCCGUGCAUGUUCUUCUGCCAAAAAUGUUGCGCGAAAUGCCUGUGUGUUCCACCUGGUUUCUACGGAAAUAAACAAGUUUGCCCGUGCUACAACAACUGGAAGACCAAGGAAGGUGGUCCAAAAUGCCCCUAGAUCAAUCGAGUUGAUCAAUAAUUAUACAAUUAUUAACAUCGGUGUUCAUGCCCUAAUUACUGGAGUAAUGUUGGUGUUUGAAUCUACUAUAUAUGUUGUAGUACUUGCUUUUUGAUCUUCAGUAGUUAUUGUAACUUGUAAUAGUGUGAGGUCCCAUUUGAUCAAAAGUGAGAAUGGACUAACGGAUUAUUACUGUUAGUUAGCUUUGCCGCACUCCAUUGGAUGCUGUUAUUGCAUCUCACAUGUGAUUGGGCCCCAUGUAUGUCACACUUGAUAUUUUCAUUCUAUUAUAAUAUAAUAUAUUUACAUAUUUGGUA